GCUCUCGCUACUCCGCAGCAGCGUAGAGCCGGCGUUCUAGCUCUUGGAGUUGGCUUCCUCUUCUCGCCUGUCCCAGCCCUCGACCACCCUCGGUCAUGGACCUCGCCGGCAUCUGCUCCAGCUUUCAGUCGGACCUGGAUUUCUGUCCAGAUUGCGGCUCGGUCCUGCCUCUGCCCGGGGCUCAGGAUGCGGUCGCCUGUACCCGCUGUGGCUUCUCCAUCAAUGUGCGAGACUUUGAGGGGAAGGUUGUGAAAACCUCAGUUGUGUUUAACAAACUGGGGUCAGCCAUGCCUUUGUCGAUGGAGGAAGGACCUGAGUUCCAGGGACCUGUGGUUGACAGGCGCUGCUCUCGAUGUGGGCACGAGGGAAUGGCAUACCACACCAGGCAGAUGCGAUCAGCUGAUGAAGGGCAGACUGUCUUCUACACCUGCACCAACUGCAAGUUCCAAGAAAAGGAAGAUUCUUGAUUUUUUUUCUGAGCGACUCAACAAUCCUUUUCUUACUUGGAAGCUGGAGGAUAUUGGGUUCUUAGGUCCUUUGUCCAUCUCCCGAUUACAGUGCUCUGCUCACGGAGGAAAAGCAGAUCGUCGUGUGUGGAUUAUCAUUGUCCCCAGAGUACUCCUACCCUCAUUGAGCUUCCUUAUUAAAGUUAUAUUUUUCUAUA